AUGGGUUCCAUCCCGACUCCUCCCCAGACUACUCGCCUGCCCGAGUUCAGCCUCCAGGGCAAGGUCAUCGUUGUCUCGGGCGGCGCUCGUGGCCUGGGUCUGACUCAAGCCGAGGCCCUCCUUGAGGCCGGUGCCGUCGUCCACGCCGUCGACCGCCUCCCUGAGCCGGAUCCCUCAUUCCAUAAGAUCGCCGAGCGCGCCAAGCACGAACUGGGCACCGCGCUCUUCUAUCACCACACGGACGUGCGCGACGUCGAGAACCUCAACGCCCUCAUGGAGCGCAUCGCCGACGAGCACGGCCGUCUCGAUGGCCUCAUCGCCGCUGCCGGCAUCCAGCAGGAGACCCCGGCCCUCGACUACACGCUCGAGGACGCCGACAAGAUGAUGGGCGUCAAUGUCACCGGCACUCUCAUGACCGCCCAGGCCGUCGCCCGCCAGAUGAUCAAGCACAAGUGCAAGGGUAGCAUCGUCAUGAUUGCCAGCAUGAGCGGCACCAUUGCCAACCGUGGUCUCAUUUGCCCUGCCUACAACGCCUCCAAGGCCGCCGUCAUCCAGCUCGCGCGCAACCUCGCCGCCGAAUGGGGCGAGCAUGGAAUCCGCGUCAACACCAUCUCCCCGGGCUACAUCGUCACCGCCAUGGUCGAGGCUCUCUUCGAGACGUACCCCGAGCGCCGCGCCGAAUGGCCCAAGCACAACAUGCUCAACCGCCUCAGCAGCCCGGAGGAGUACCGCGGCGCCGCCGUCUUCCUGCUCAGCGACGCCAGCAGCUUCAUGACCGGUGCCGACCUGCGUAUGGACGGAGGUCACGCUGCGUGGUGA